GACACAUAAAACACGCCGCCGAGUGACUGGUGAACUAAGCCCAGAAAACCGGGAACUGAAUUGACGAUUGAUGUAAUUCAACGUUUGUAGCUUCAUUCACGUGAUACUUGAAUUUUACAUAAACAAGAAAAAAAAUGAUUAACAUUCGACAUAAAUUAAGUCAUUUGCAAUCACAUGUUAAACUUUUAAAUUCAUUUAAUUUCAAAGAUAUCCAAACAACUCGGCUUUAUUCGGUUUAUCCUCCAACUUACAAACUUCCAGUAUUUAGAAAAGAAGAUCAAGCAACAUUGGAAUUAAGUGGUGAAUUAAAAAAAUUAGCUCAUGAGCCGAUUCGUCCGGUUUUAACGUAUCAAACAUGUUCAGAAUUCUAUGAUCCAACAGUGAGCAAAUUUAUUAAUUACAUUAUGCGAAAAGGUAAUAAAGAACUAGCUAGAACUCUUGUAGAAGGAGCUUUUGAAGAAAUAAAAAGACGACAAUUAAAAAAAUACCAUAAUGCCAGUCCUGAAGAACGUAGUCAAAUUGAAUUAGAUCCUGUUAAAAUUUUACAUAAAGCUAUUGAAAAUACGAUGCCUGUCAUGAUGACUAUGCCAAUAAAGAAAGGAGGUACUACAUAUCAAGUACCUUCACCUCUGUUAGAACCAAAGUCAAGAUUUAUGGCCAUGAAUUGGUUGUGGAAAACAGCAAAAGAAAAGGACAAACAUCUACGGUUUAUUGUUGUGUUAGCAAAAGAGUUACUUGAUGCAGCAGAUAAUACUGGACGUGUUGUUAAAAUAAAACAAAAUCUUCAUAAACAAUGUGAACUAAAUCGUGCUUAUGCCCAUUUUAGAUGGUCAUAAACUUGUAUAAAAUAUUUUAUAAAUAAAAUAGCUUUAAUAACUAAUUAUA